GUCCGUGUUCCCCAAUUUCGAUUCGUUCCUCUCAGAAAAUUGCAAACGGAGAAGAACAAAACAAUUCUUAUCUCCACCACCCCUAAUUUUCAAAUUUCUCAAAAUUUCACAAAUCCUCAGCAAUUUUCACAAGCAGGCAGGCCCUCUCUCUUUCCCCAGGGAGGUAAAGGGUUCUGCGUUCAAGAUCCGAUCUCAGACCCAUAAAAGGAUUCAAAUCCGUUUGAUCUCCGAGCCCAUUCAUGCGCUGAGGCGAAAUCAAAUCUCGCACAAAGAUGGGCAUUUUGUUCACUAAAAUGUUCUCUUCACUGUUUGGGAACAAGGAAGCUCGGAUCCUCGUCCUCGGAUUGGACAAUGCUGGCAAAACCACCAUUCUCUAUCGGCUCCAGAUGGGGGAGGUUGUCUCCACGAUCCCAACGAUUGGAUUUAAUGUUGAGACAGUGCAGUACAACAACAUCAAGUUCCAAGUCUGGGAUCUCGGUGGACAGACAAGUAUCAGGCCAUAUUGGAGAUGCUAUUUUCCAAAUACUCAGGCCAUAAUCUAUGUCGUUGAUUCUAGUGACACCGAUAGGCUGGUAAUAGCUAAAGACGAGUUUCAUGCAAUACUGGAGGAGGAAGAGUUGAAAGGUGCAGUUGUCCUCAUUUUUGCCAAUAAGCAGGAUCUUCCUGGUGCACUUGAUGAUGCUCCAAUAACUGACGCUUUAGAGUUGCACAAGAUAAAAAAUCGCCAGUGGGCUAUUUUUAAAACUUCUGCCAUAAAAGGGGAAGGCCUAUUUGAGGGCUUGGACUGGUUGAGUAACACACUCAAGUCCGGAGGUGGCUAAUCCAUCGGUUUUGGGAAAUCAAAGCUUACUUCUGCGUAGACAGGUCAGAAUUUGGGAGGAAUGACGUUCUGAUAGAAAAUUUCAUUCAAGACUGCAGUUAUGGCUAUUGUCCUUUGCCGAUUUUUCUUCUGUUCCCAUUUUGGAGCAAACUACUGUUAUACAUGUAAAAUUUGGCUCGUAUUUUAGUAAGUUUCGUGUUUUUCUGUGCUUUUAAUCAGUUAUGCUAGGGUUUGUUUUGCUUGUGUUCUUCUGUGGUUGGGAUAUGUAAUUUUUCUAACCUUGGACAUGGAAGUUGACCAAUAUUGUUUAUUGCCUUCGGGUUGGUUCUUUUGAGCCGAAACAUGAAGAAAUGAACCUAAUGUGUUUUUGCCGUUGUA